GGCAUGUACGGAAAGAUGUGCAGUAGAUCCGGACCCCAUUGUUCUCAAUCGUUUAUCUAUCUGUCUUCCCCACGAGGCCAUAACCUGACUGUACUGACUCUGAGAUGGGUUUCCUCAAGGAAUUUGCUGAAUCAGGAAACCUUACCACCAUCCCUUCCAACUACAUCUUCUGCACCAGUACCGGUGAUGAUGAUGAUGAUCAAGUCGUAGCCGAAGCGGAAGAAGUGAUUCCAACCAUUGAUUUUUCCCUUCUCAAAUCCGGAACGCCUGAGCAACGGUCCAGUACCAUACGAGACCUUGGCAAGGCAUGCCAAGAAUGGGGCUUCUUCAUGGUAGUAAACCACGGCGUGCCGGAGACUCUAAGGGAAGAGAUGCUGAGGGGUUGCCAAAGUUUCUUUGAUCUGACGGAGGAGGAGAAGCAAGAGUAUGCCGGAAAGCACGUAUUGGAUCCCAUUAGGUGCGGGACGAGUUUUAAUACGUCGGUGGAGAAGGUUUUGUUCUGGAGGGACUUUCUCAAGGUCUUUGUACAUCCUCAAUUUCAUUCCCCCGACAAACCCCCCGAGUUCAGGGAGAUAUCUUUAGAAUAUUGCAAGAGAACAAGGGAAGUGGCUAGGGAAUUACUGAGAGGGAUAUCCCAAAGCUUGGGAUUGGAGGAAUGGUACAUGGACACAACACUUCAACUUGAGUCUGGGUUCCAGAUCCUGAUUGCCAAUAUCUACCCUCGGUGCCCCCAGCCCCAACUUACAAUGGGACUGCCUUGUCAUUCUGAUCAUGGCCUCUUGACCCUCCUAAUACAGAACCACGUUGAUGGCCUCCAAGUCCAACACAAAGGAAAGUGGGUCCAUGUGAAUGCUCUCCCCAACUCUUUCCUCGUUAAUACCGGGGAUCACAUCGAGAUAGUAAGCAAUGGGAAAUACAAGAGCGUGCUGCAUCGGGUGGUCGUCAACAACAAUGCCACAAGGAUAUCACUAGCCCUUGCACAUGGCCCAUUUCUGGAAACAGUUGUGACUCCGGCUGCACAUCUUGUAGACUGUGAAAACCAUCCACCAGCAUACCGUGGGAUAAAAUAUAAAGAAUACAUUCAACUUCAACAAAGCAAUCAACUGGACGGGAAAUCAUGCUUAGACCGUGUUCGAGUUUUGAAUUAAAAUGUGAUAAUUCAGUAUCAGAAUUUUCAAAGCGUGACAAUCUAGUAAUUAUUCUUAAUGAACCGUCAGUUAUGUAUA